AUGACGACGCGAACGCGGGCGGUGGAGCCGGAGGCUCUGUUCGAGAUCGCGAAAGUUGACGAUAGCGUGUACGGUCCGGUGGUGUGCGUCGCGGCCGCGUUGUGGGUGGGAUGGGUGUUUUACAACGGCUCGCGCGAGGUGAAGGCGAUUUCCGAAGAGCUCGAAGCCAAAGGCUACGACGUCGGCUCGAUUCAGCGCCUGAAGGAACUGAAAUUCUUGAAGCGAUUCGUCGACGGUGGCGAUAAAGCCGAGAUUCAAGAGGCGUUCGAUAAGAUUUGGUUCUCGCGCGCGAAAACCAUCGCGGCGACUGGCGACAUAAUGCAAGUGAGGCGCAUGACUGAGUACUGGCGCAAGCGCGGCGUCAAGGUCGAGCGGCUUUCGGAUUUGGACGUCUUGCAGGACUGGAUGGUGAAAAAGUACAACAAACAACAAAAGUAG